AUGCCGAAGGGCGAACACUGCGGGAAUAUCUGCGCGCAGCAGCUGGCGGACACGCUACCUGUCGGCGUGGCGGUUGUGAACCCGCGCGACGAAAUUGUCUUCGUGAACCGGCGCUUCCACGAGCUCACCGCGAGCCGUUUGCCCAAGGGCCUGGAUUGUCUAUCACAGUCGAUCCACUACGAUGAUUACGAGCAGAUCGCCGAGGCCUACCAUGUUGCUGUGCAGACGAAGACGGGGAUCCGCAGAGAAUACCGAGCGACAGGAAAGACGGAGGACUGGCGGGCUCUCUCGCUGACGCCGCUAGACGAGGACGAUGUAGAGCAGUUUGGUUUGAGCGAUAACGGCGGAUUGAUUUGUAUGAUUAGCGACAUUACACUGGAGAAGACGGCGGAGCUAUUGCAGAGGAAGAUUGCGGAUGAUGCGAAGCAGCGCAAGCAACAGCAGGAGCGGUUCAUUGAUAUGAUUAGCCACGAGGUGCGCAACCCUCUGUCUGCGAUCUUGCACUGCGCGGAGGAUAUCAUGGAUGCAGUGCAGGAUGAGGCACCGGAGGGUGCGAAGGAGCAGAUGGCCAGGAUUGCAGAGGCCGCGGAGACGAUCAAUCUCUGCAUCGCCCAUCAGAAGAAGAUUAUCGACGAUGUGCUGAUUUAUUCAAAGUUGGAUGCGUCGAUGCUGACCCUGUCGCCGCAACAAGUUCAGCCGAAAACACAUGUGGCUACGCUGCUGACCAUGUUUCGGCCUGAGCUUCGCAAGCAGCGUAUUGAGUUCCAGUACCAGCUUGACCAGUCCUAUGCCGAUUGUGAUCUGGACUGGGUGGUGGCCGACCUCGACAAGAUGGGUCAAGUCUUGAUCAACCUCGUCUCCAAUGCUAUCAAGUUCACGGCCCAGUCGGAGAGCGAAAGGAAGAUUCGAGUCUCCAUGGGGGCUUCCAAGAUUAGACCACCCUCAUACCCGCCGAAUGUCGUAUUCUUUGAGCCAAACGAAGCUGCUUUGAAGCUUGACUCUACUGGGGGUCCUGAUUGGGGUCGCGGGGAGAGCGCAUAUAUUAUGGUCGCCGUCAAGGAUACGGGGAUCGGAAUAAGCGACCAGCACCAGAAACUGCUAUUCGAGCGAUUCAAACAGGCAACACCUCGAACAGACCGGAUCUAUGGGGGAUACGGGCUGGGUCUUAAUAUCAGUCGCAGGCUGUGCCAUAUGCACGGCGGUGAGAUUGGCGUCAGCUCCAAGGAAGGCGAAGGAAGCACCUUCGGCUUUUUCUUCACUAUUCGUCGAUGUGUCGACAUGCCUGAGAUCACAGAAGAAGACAGAGAGUCUCCUGUCGAUGAGUUGUGCCAUCAGAUUAAGGAUCUGGACAGCAAAACUCCAGACGUCGCACGAGAUACCUCCAUGGCGGACUUCUCUCAGGACCCACCAGUAACACACGUCAACGAGGUCGCAGUCAGCACCAAGAGUGACGAUCGUAAGGACCAUUCGGCAGAACUGGCCGCCGCAGUAUCUCGAGGCGACAGCUCGUCAAUUGCAAGCCGGCACGGCACCAACGUCGAUGAAUUCUCAACCAAGCAAGAGCCCAAGGCAAUAACUGACAUGUCCAAACUAGAGCGCCCUCACCAUAUUUUGUUUGUCGAAGACAACAUCAUAAACCAACGGGUUCUUUCACGCAAGCUGAAAAUCGCGGGCUUUGAGGUCACCACAGCGAAUAACGGACAGGAGGCGCUUGACGCGUGGGAGCGCCACACAUUCGACUGUAUACUCAUGGACCAGGAGAUGCCUGUAAUGGAUGGGAACUCGGCAACGCGCGAAAUAAGAGCACUCGAAAAGCGCAAGGGGACCCGUGUUCCUAUACUGGGGGUCACUGCAAACGUGCGACAAGACCAGCAGGCGGACAUGUUGGACGCGGGCAUGGAUGGGAUCGUGCAUAAACCGUACAAGAUGUUGGAGCUCUGUGACAAGAUCCGUGAUUCAAUUCGAGCCACCGAGAUAGAAUAG